GGUGAGCGAAUUGUGCUUGGGCAUACAUCGCAACUCAACUCAUUCGAGCUCUAAUUAACUUAACCUAACUUAGCCGAGCCUUUCCUAGCUUAAUUUUAUCCCCUGCUUAGCCCAACCCAGACAGCCCAGCUUGGACGCAGUAAAGCUUUUUCAAACUUAUUCAUCAGAUUCGCGCAUAAAACGACGACCCAAGUAUAUUUCACUUGACUUUGAGUGAAAUCCCUCAAAUGAAAUGUAAACGCCUGAGACUGAGUGCAAGCAGUACUUCCAUCAUCUGACUGUGCAAAUGCUCAUCGCUACUUUUUUUCUUUGAUUCCACAAAAUCUGUUUGGAUUGCCAAAUUUAUUCAGCACUAGGAUUAUCAGGUCCUGUGAAAAUGAAAAAUCUUGUAGAGAAAAUACGCAACAUGUAGGCACAUUACUGAAUUCUACCCAGCAUUUUCUCACACUUGAUCAAUGGGCAGGUACCCCUAAAGUUCAGCAACUGGUAAUUAAUGCUGCAAAUGAGGCGCAAAAGUGAGAGGAACAAAUCCAAGGGAUCUCCGGAGAAGAAAGUGGAAAAGGCAACACGAAAAUCUACACGGAAACGUGGUAGAAGGGCGACGUCGUCAUCGCCAGAAAGAGAGGAAUUUGAAUCUAAGUCGGUGGAUUUGUCAAAGGAACAAGAGAGCAUACCAGAAUCGAUGACGUCGCUGCCAGCCACAAGACUCAAGAUCAGAGAGUUGAAAGCAAUAGCGGAAGAGGAGUCAUUGGCGAAGCAGAUAAGCAGCAGCAGUAGUGCCCCGCCCUCGGAAAACCUUGAGGAAGGCGGAGGGGAGGGAGCUUCGGUUUGGAAGGUAGCAAGGGCGGAUGCCUCACCAGGUGAAAUCCAGAAGCUCAAAUUAUGCAGGCAGCGAAAUCCAUCGGAAGCAUCGGAUAGUUCUUCGUCUAGGAAAAAAUCUCAUAAGUCGUAUGAAAGUGGUGAGGGUGACGGUGAGGAAGGUGACUCCACCGAGGAACCGCUUAGGUCACGGAAGCGGGACCUUGGUGAGGAGCGGCAGGAUGAUCCCUCCUCCCCGAACCCGGGUCAGGACUCCAAGGAAGAGGUAAGUCAUUGUAGGGAGAUCCUGCCCAGAACCACUUCAGCCAACUUCACCUUGUCUGACGAUAAAAAAAACGUAGAUCGGCUAGCCGACAACAACGCCGACCAGGCUAUUCGUUACGACCAAAACUGUCCUGUCCAGAAGUCGCCAAAAGCAGAUACCAACGAACAGGAGGAGCCCAGCUCCAACGGAGAUGAUCUAGAUCAGACAAAGGCCCCUAUAGUCGAGCGACAGGCUUCCGAGGAUGUUGAUAAAAACUUGCCAGAGGGAAGGAAGGGCAAGGAAGAGGUGGAAAAGGUGGGUGAAACUGAAGCUGAGGCUGUCGUUCGGCUUAACGAGGUGCCGAUAAAUGACAGCCAGGCUGAUGAAAAAGAGGAUUCAAUUGCUCCCGCUGAACCUGAAACUAGAGAGUCGAGUACUGACGAAGAUAGCUGUAGCAAGCCCAUUGCAUCUUCGGUGACAAGUGAGACGAAGAUUCAAACUAAAAGGUCUGAACUACUUACGUCAUUGCGUACAGUGCGGCGGAAGCAUCGUGAUAAGUAUCACGAGUCCUCAGACUCUGACACACCUGAAUCUGAGGAUGAACCCAACGAGAAGAAGACUAACGAUUCUCAGCAGAGAGAAGAAACAGGGAAGGAAUCAGCUAAGAUCAAGAGCAGCAGAUCCCCGUCUCCAGUGAACAGAUUUGGCUUCUGCGCAGAAGUUUCAGCGGAUAAUAAAACUGAAAGUUCUGGAGAGAUAGAGGAGAGGAGAAAUAGCCCGAACGAUUGCAGACCCUGUGACCAAGUACCAGUUAAUUCACUUUCAGCUGAUUAUAAACCUGCAAAAGUCAAUUUGAAGCGAUCCUUCUCUGUACGGUUAAUGGAAGCCGAGGAGUCAAUAAAAAAAGAUGAUGCCGAGAAAAAUGGAGAAAGCGAAGUGUCUCUUCGAGUCAAGGAAAUUCACAACGUAGCUGAACAAGCCGAUGGUAAAAAUUUACCCCGCAAGCGUCGCUGGGGAGUUGCUGUUACAGCAGAAUCAACCCCAGCUUUUACGGUAUCUACUGAUUCCUUGAAGGCUUUGGUACCCGGCGCAAAGCCACUGUCGAUUACAGAAGUCAGAUUAUCCAAAGACGAUGAUGAGCCAAGGGAACGACGCAAAGAGCGGGAAAAACGGCGUUCGAUCAGCGCCGACGCCACGGAGCCGAGAGUUUCCGAAGACAUUGCAAUGACAAAGAACGAAAAUACGAAAAAGGGAGAUCUCAAACACGAUAAUCACAUAGGUGCAAAGCGGAAGAUAUCAAUACUGAAAGAAGCGCCUCCCGUCAAAUCACCAAGCCCGUCAUUGGCAAAGGCAACAAAUGUACUGCUGAUAAAAAACCUUGUUCGCCCAUUUACUUUGAACCAGAUCAAGGAACUGCUUUCUCGAACAGGCACCAUUAUAGAGAAUGGCUUUUGGAUAGACGGGAUUAAGUCCAAAUGCUACGUAGUGUAUGCGAACGAGGACCAGGCAUUCGAAACCAGACAAGCCCUGCACGGAAUUUCGUGGCCAUUGUCAAAUCCUAAACGUCUUCAAGUCGAGUAUGCAACUAUAGAAGAUGUGGAGAAAGCGCGCGAACUGUUCAAAGACCAACCCGCCCUCCGCGCUGCAGAGCCAUCGGUGGGUGGCGAUACCUGGCAACAAGUCUGGGCCCGUGAGGAGAAGCAAAAUGCAUCGGUCAAGGUGAAUACUGUCCGUGAAUGGGAUCUGGGUAAGGAAGAUGGCCAUCAAAUGAAAGAGAAGGAACGGGGAAAAAAGGAUUUGGAGAAGAAAAGAAGGCAAAGAAGUCGCAGCCCACCGAUAGAGCCUCACCUACCUCCACCUGCUCGGAAAUUCAAGAAAAAAGAGGACGACCCACCGCCAGCCAAACUCCUCGACGAUUUGUUUAAAAAAACUAAGGCCAUUCCAUGCAUAUACUGGCUGCCGCUUACAAAUGAACAGAUUGUGGUAAAGGAAGAGAUGCGUCGGCAGCAUAUGGCCGAACACGCGCGUAGACUUGAGGAGAUGAAGCGCGCGGAGAGAAGCAGAGACCCAGCCGCACGUCGCCGGCGCAGCCCCAGAAAAUAAACUCUGUUGGUUUUAUCCAACAGUUGUAUCCUCCCCGAGCAACUCAAGAUUACAUUUACGACUAGACAACAACACGCGACCGACGUUCAGGUCUUAGAAGCUAGAGUCUGUAUAGAAAUCAAUCCAAUGACUUACCUAUUCCACGAGACGAUCGUUGCACGCAAGAGACCAAUUAACCAUCUCUUUCCUCUAUUUCUCAACCCCACUUUUUUCCCCAGCCUUUCCUUCGACUUUUUUCAAUAAACAUGCUUCUUACUCGUUACCGUAUCUCAGUUGUGAUUGACGAGCAAAUCGUUCCAAGACUUUCACCGGGUUGCAGACUUUUGGUGCAUAAACUAACUUGUAAUUCCCGUACGACCGACGCACGAAUCGAGUCCCAUCUCUCCAGUCCAUUCCUCAAUUUCAGCAUUAAACCGUAUUUCUUACAGGUCUACGUCUGUUCAUAACCGUUCACCAAAGGCAGUAGAGAUAGUGAUAUUGUACUUUGAUAACUGUACCGUAAGGGGACUGUCGCCGGCAAGAGACAUGGUAUUAUUUCGACUAAUAGCAUCGAUAUCACUAUCAGGCUUUGGCCUUGGUAAUAAUUUGCCCCCGGUCCGGGUGCGCCGCGUCGUGGGAAUAGGAAAGACAAAGACAUUGAAAUGGAUAUAAAAGGAAAAUCGAGAGACGUACCGGCAUUGCUAGAUCGACACUCGAACAUGGGGGUGUGUAACACAACCAAUACUGCGCUUCAGUCAUGCGCCGCCACCCGCGUAAUGCUAGUUCCAACAACUCGAAAUACAUGCAAAGAACGAACAACUUGUACUUCCGAUGGAAAUUUUGAACAAUGUGUAUUACGUACAAUACAUAGUAAUUUUCGUUAGCCGACAUUGGCACGUUUGGACAAAUAUAACGCGCAAUCGGUGUGACACCGUUAAAUGUCGGCGAACUUCGAAACGUGACGAAUAAUGUGUUAUUUCAAUAAAUUCACACCUGCCAUGAAUCAGGUAGCAGCUGUUAUUCGCCGGCGAUUUAUGCGCAAGUGUAACAACAUACGGCACGUAUUGCCGCCCCGCCUUGCGGCAUCACAUGUAUAUAUUAUACUUGAUAUAUCCCAAAAUGUGGCAUGUAAAAUUAUUCAUCAAUAAAAGUAAGAGACCUCAAAAUACAAUCUCUAUACGCGCUCUUUAUAACACAAAUAAUAAUAAUGAUUAUAACAACGACUACAAUUUACAGAAGAUUUGAUAUUUGUUGUUGUUUCUUUUCGGCCUUCAUAGUUAAUAAUUCACAGAGAAUGCCCAGAUUUAUUCAACUGUCCCAGGCAUAUGCAAACAGGGUAUGCCGGUAAUCUAUUGCAGGGGGGCACUAUUGUUCACUGCCUGUGUAUUGAUUCAAUGACAGUGGCAAGUAUUCUGUUUGAUAGUGCAGUAGUUAUUCGUAAAUAAUUUUUGGUUCUCCAAAAAUGCUUGGAAUUCGUCAUCCCCCCCCCCCCCCCCCCCUACGGCGUUACAUUUUAUCAACCCACAAUGUUAUAUUCCUCCAUACCAGAAAAUGAUAUUGACGAAUUGUCGGCAGGCUCUUUAUUCAAUGUUACUGGGUGAUCCCUAUCUUCAGUCACAACAGGGUUUGUAUUCAUACAAAACUGUCGAUCUCAAAAACUGCUAUUUCGAAAGUCUUUGAUACAGCAUAAACGAAAGCUAAAAGUAGGUAAUUGGAAAAAAUCCCUAACAUAAUGACCGAUUUGUACAAAUUACUCAUACAUAUGAAUAUUAAUCUUCAUAUAUGUAUAUAUACACGCUUAUAAGAUGCACACUUAACAUUAAGUGAACUAUAUUAUCCUUAUCGUUAUUGUUAUUGUUACCAAUAACAUAAUUUAUGUAACACGGUAUGGUUUACCCGUCUUUUUUUGCCCCUUACGUCGUAGUACUUAAAAGUGUUUGAAAGAAAAAAGAUU